AGCUGUUAGCGAUUUAUUGAUAUCGAACAUUUCUUCACACAUUUGGCUGGCAUUGUUUUAUUAUUUUCUGCAAACGUUUAAAAGUUGUAAUUACAAUGCCGAAGGAGAAAUCACGACGCCGCAGUCGCAGUCGCAGUCGCAGUCGUGACAGAAAGAUCACAAGGACAGAUAGUUCCGAUCGCAGACACAACAACAAACGCGACAAGCGUCGGGACACAUCUGAGCAGGAACGAGAGCGGGAGCGGGAACGAGAUAGAGAUAGACAUCGACACAGGCGGAAGGAGGAGGAGCGCAGCAACAGCCGUAACCGGCAAAAGGAGAAGGAGAAGGAAAAGCCACGGCGUAAGGAGCAGCGUGGUCGCUCCUCCUCAUCCUCAAGUUCAUCCUCUAGUUCAUCUUCGUCUGCAUCUUCGUCACCUUCACACGGACGCAGCACAAAAGGAGCUGGAAAUAAGCGAAGUCCCGAAAUGAGUUCGAUUAAACUUCUGCAAACGCUGGAGGAGCGACGUUUGCGGGAGCAGCAGGAGCGUCAACGUAUCAAGGAUCAGCUGAAGGCCAAGGAGACGCCCGAGGAGAAACGCUCUCGCCGACUGCGUGAGAAGCAGGCCAAGGAGCAAAGGAGACGCCAACGCAUGGGCUGGGACAAUGAAUACCAGACAUAUUCCAACGAGGACAAUCCCUUUGGUGACUCCAAUCUGACCUCCACGUUCCACUGGGGCAAGAAGCUCGAGGUCGAGGGACUCGCCAAUCUCUCCAGCAAGACGGUCGAGGUGCUGUCCCUGCAGAAGCAGCUGGAGAAUCGUCGCGAGCUGGAGAAGGUGAAGAAGCGUCGUCAGGAGCGUGAACUGGAGCGUCAGGCACGCGAGGAUGACGCAAUGCAGCAACAGCGCGCCAAGGAAGCGGUUCAGUUCCGCGAGUGGCAGCGCCAAGAGGAUCAGUUCCACCUGGAGCAGGCGCGUCUGCGCAGUGAGAUUCGCAUACGAGAUGGACGCGCCAAGCCCAUAGAUCUUCUAGCACAGUACGUCUCCGCUGGCAGCACGGAGACAGCUCUGGAGGAUGCACUGGAGAUGCAAAUGCAUGAGCCGUACAUGCUGCUCCAUGGUCUGCAUAUGGACGAGCUGGAGGAUCUGCUGGUGGACAUUAAGGUGUACGAGGAGCUGGAGCAGGGCAAGCACAUGGACUUCUGGAACGACAUGAUCACCAUUGUGCAGGACGAGCUGCAGAAGCAGCUGAAGCUGCAACAGAGCGAGGCGAACUCGCUGAACCAGCGACGCGAUGGCAUCCACCAGAGUGUGGUCAAGGAUGUGGCCGACAUCUUUCGUGGCAAGAAUGCCAAGCAGCUGGAGGAGAUGCGCACCCGCAUCGAGGCCAAGAUCAGCGGUCGUGCCGAUGGCGUCGACAUCAGCUACUGGGAGAGUCUGCUCUCGCAGCUGAAGGCGCACAUGGCCAGGGCUCGACUCCGCGAUCGCCACCAACUGCUGCUCCGCGAGAAGCUGCUGCUGCUGAAGCGGGAGAACGACACUGAGAACGAGAAUGAAGCCGCCAGCAGCGCAUCCCCGACUGUAGUUAAGCAGGAGGAUGAAGAGCAGCCGCAGGAGGAGCAACAGGCGGAUGCGACACAGGCGGAAGAGCCGGACGAGGAUAGUCCAUUGAGGGAGCUGGAGAAUGCAGUGCGCAUGUAUCAACUGGGCAGCUAUAGUCCCACCUAUAUCCGGGAAGAGGAUUUCAAUGGACGCCGCUUGACCGCCGCCGAUGAGGACAACGUGGAUGGUGGCCUCUACAGUGACAGCGAUGACGAUCGUCGGGUGAGACGCCAACGAUUGCAGCUGGUGCAUCCGGAGCGCGUGGAGCCAACGGCGGAGCUGACGCCGCAGGAGCAGCGGAUGCGGGGCGAGGCACGCAAGGGAAUGCAGGGCGAUGAGGCCGAGUUUAGCGUGGAGACCACAUUGGAUGCAGUGCCUCAGCUGGCCACCGACAAGUAUCGUCCACGCAAGCCACGUUACUUCAAUCGUGUGCACACGGGAUUCGAGUGGAACAAGUACAAUCAGACGCAUUACGACAUGGACAAUCCACCGCCAAAGAUUGUCCAGGGCUACAAGUUCAACAUAUUCUAUCCGGAUCUCAUGGACAAAUCCCAGACGCCCCAAUACUUUCUCACACCAUGUCCGGACAACGCCGACUUUGCCGUGCUCCGUUUCCACACAGGACCUCCCUACGAGGACAUCGCCUUCAAGAUCGUCAAUCGGGAGUGGGAGUUCAGUUACAAGCGAGGAUUCCGCUGUCAAUUCCACAACAACAUUUUCCAGCUCUGGUUCCACUUCAAGCGCUAUCGCUACAGGCGUUAAUUUUCAAUACUCACUGUAUUUCUUUCACCCCUUUAUCUUGGUUAAUACACAGUAUGUGCUACAAUUUUUUUUGAUAAAAUAAAAACCACAUAU